AUGGCAGAGGGCACCAUCUCUGAAAUCCGCGAUGCAGAAACCGCGUCAGGUGUUGACGUGCAAAAUUUCUUCAGCUGGAAUCAGAUCACAAUUGCACAGGUAGACGGCACCUUCGCAGAGUACGUUCACAUCAAGGCGGCGACUCAGUCCCUGAAACCUGGAGACAGAGUUUGCCAAGGGCAGGCCAUCGCUCAAAGUGGCGACGUCGGCUUCUGCCCAACGCCGCAUUUGCACGUAGAGGUCCACCUUCGUGAAGGCCGCGACGCCGACUCGGUUCUCUUCGGUUUCCGUGGAACACAGGGCGCGUUCCACUGUGAAGAGGGCACGUGGUACGCUGCGGACGGCCCCGAGCCGGCUCAAUCAGAAAUGGACUUUCGGAUGGGCA